AUGUCGAGUAUCCGUGCCGGACUUUGCCGCCUGCCUGCUGUGUCGCGCGCCAGCCUUGCGCGUGGCGUGCGUGCCUCUGCUAUGCGCGUGCCCAGCGCCGCGCGGGUCGCUGCGCCGUCGCUGCGCACCUUUGCCACCACGCUGCGCCGCAGCGGCCAAGGCGAGUCGGACGCCGAGCUCGCCGCGAGCCUGCAGCAAGAAAUCAGCUACGAGAAGGAGGCCGCCGAGGCGGCCGGUAGCCAGGAGCACGACCCCGAGUGGCUGACGCAAUUCAAGUCCGAGGGCGUGUGGCACAUCGAGGACAAGAGCGGUUCGGACGAAAUUGCGCUGACGCGCGAGUUUGGCAGCGAGAACAUCCGCGUGCUCUUUAGCAUCGGCGAGAUCGAUACCACGGACCCUACCAACGAACUCGAGCAGGACGAGGCGGACCAGAUGACCGCCUCGGGCGAGGACGAGUUCGAGGGCAGCUUCCCGGUUCGUUGCGCCAUCAACGUCACCAAGGCGAACAAGGGCUCGCUCAACAUCGACGCCCAGGCACAGGACGGCCAGUUUAUGAUUGAGAACAUCACCUUCUACAAGGACGAUGUGCUCGCCACCGAGCUCACCUCGGACGCUGACUGGCAGCGUCGCGGCCUCUACAUGGGCCCCCAAUUUGAGACGCUCGACGAAAACGUCCAGGCGCAGUUUGAGAGCUACCUGGCAGAGCGCGGCAUUGCCACCGGUCUCGCGCUCUUCAUUCCCAACUACGCCGAGCUUAAGGAGCAGCGCGAGUACUGCAGCUGGCUCGAGCACGUCAAGGAGUUUGUCGAGGCAUAA